AGAAAUUGCAAAGCUCUAUACCUGACCUGCCACUAGCGAAGCAUACUUCGUCGACGUCGAGCACACUCUUGCAAUUAAUCCACCGAGUUCGGUUUAGUGUUUUACUCUCAGACGUACGCAUAAAUAUAGCAUAGCAUCGACAAUAAUAAUGUCGCUCGUGAGUCGGCGCAGCAGCAACGUGUUGGACCCCUUCUCCCUCGACCUCUGGUGGGACCCCUUCGACAUGUUCCGCUCCAUCGUCCCGUCGGCGGCCUCCUCCGGGGGUUCCGAGACCGCCGCCUUCGCCAACGCCCGCGUGGACUGGAAGGAGACGCCCGAGGCGCACGUGUUCAAGGCCGACCUCCCCGGCGUCAAGAAGGAGGAGGUCAAGGUCGAGGUGGAGGACGGCAACGUGCUCGUCAUCAGCGGCAAGCGCAGCAGGGAGGAGGAGGACAAGAACGACAAGUGGCACCGCGUCGAGCGCAGCAGCGGCCAGUUCGUGCGGCGCUUCCGCCUGCCUGAGAACGCCAAGGUGGACGAGGUGAAGGCGGGCCUCGAGAACGGCGUGCUCACGGUCACCGUGCCUAAGACGGAGGUGAAGAAGCCCGAGGUGAAGGCUAUCGAGAUCUCUGGUUGAGCGUCCGUUGGACGUCGAUUGGAGCCCCGUUGUACUGCUACUGGUCCGUGGAUGUCCUGCAUGUUGCGCUUGUUAAGGAUAAAAUGAUUUCGUCCACGUCAGCAAUCCGGAGGAAGAAACACACUUAAUAUCAAAGGUGGAGAUUAACAAGAUCGACGGUCAUUAGUUAAUAGGAUUAGUGUUAAUAAUAUUCCUUUAUGUAAAUCCUGUUUCCGAACAGGCACCUUUUCCCUCUCUCCUACGACGAGGAAACCGUCUUUAGCGAACGGACAAGUUUUCUGUCGUUUCACUAUGUAUAAAUACACACCAUCAUUGAAUGAAAAAGUUACGCAUCAUUUGCUUCAGUCCCUUCUUUUUCUAACACGUUAUCAGCACCC